UGGUUGGCCCCUAAGGAACUGGGGUAUAAAGAUCCAAUCAAAGUUGGAGCAAUCCAACGGUCAGAAUGGUCCUAUUAACACAAUUGGGCCGUCAAACGCUACUAAUGGAAGGCCGCGUUUGUCUAUUCCAAAUCACAGCUUUCUUUCCUUCAAACAAAGACUAGGCAAGACACACAAAAGUCCCCGUCGAUAGAUCCGAAAACCGGCCACUGAGAGAGAGAGAGAGAGAGAGAGAUUUACUUUCAUUGGUUCUGGUCUCUGCGAAUUUGGAGAAGAUGGUGACGAAGACAGAGGAGACCCAAUUGGAAAGACUCGAGAACCAGGUGGAUAAUGGCGGAGGAGGAGCUUGGGAGUAUCUCUGUCUGGUCGGGAGGCUCAAGCUUCGUCGUUCCGAGAAGGUUCUAAAGCAUGGUUUGUCGAUCUUGAACGAUCCCAAAAAGCGAUCCGCUCUCGGCUCGGAAGAAUGGACUCUCUAUGAACAGGUAGCAAUUGCAGCUUUGGACUGCCAAUCUCUUGAUGUUUCAAAGGACUGCAUAAAGGUUUUACGAAAGGGAUUUCCAGAGAGUAAAAGGGUUGGUAGGCUAGAGGCAAUGCUGCUUGAAGCAAAAGGAUCCUGGGCAGAAGCAGAAAAGGCGUACUCAAGCCUUUUAGAGGAUAAUCCUCUUGAUCAAGUGGUACACAAGAGGAAGGUAGCCAUGGCAAAGGCGCAAGGUGAUAUUUCAGGGGCCAUUGAAGGCCUAAAUAAAUAUCUUGAAAUAUUUAUGGCAGAUCAUGAUGCUUGGAGAGAACUGGCUGAAAUUUAUGUUUCCCUUCAAAUGUACAAGCAAGCCGCUUUCUGCUACGAGGAGCUGAUAUUAUCACAACCCACUGUUCCAUUGUAUCACUUAGCUUAUGCUGACGUACUUUACACUCUUGGUGGACUAGAAAAUCUACAGGCAGCGAAGAAGUACUAUGCUUCCACUAUUGACUUGACUGGAGGCAAAACUACUAGAGCGCUUUUUGGUAUUUGCUUGUGCACUUCCGCCAUUGGGCAGCUCGCGAAAGGACGGAACAAGGAAGAGAAAGAGAGCCCGGAGCUACAAUCACUGGCAGCAGCAGCCUUGGAGAAAGACUACAAACAAAGAGCUCCAGGGAAGCUCUCUCUGGUUACUACCGCCUUGAAAAGCCUAAAAGUUUCAUCAUAACUCUAUUGAAGCUUGUUACUAGUACUGCCCUGCUCCAAAAUUUUGGCAGAGUUUGAUGAUGAAUGUCUUAGAAUUAAUUUGCAAGAGUCUCGUAUUUCAUUUCAAAGGACUUUCUUAUUUUCUUUUCUUGCAUUUUAUUCCUAACGAACCAAAGUUGGUAUAUGGGUGUGUUUUUUGGUUUAUUUAGCUUAUUGGUGGCAGACUAGGCUUGUACAACUUCUGGCAUUCUGGGCCAUUUCAGACAUUUAUUCGAUAGUCACUUAUCUAUCCUCAAUCUUUUCUUAUG